GAACAUGGGCCUCACUUCUGCGUCGAGUACGAUCACCACCACUACCACGAAGAAGUUCUCGUUCAUGUCCGCGGCUUAGCCACGUCUCCCACCCGGUUGCAGCUGACGCUGGAGCAUAGUUCACAUCCCAGAGCCAAUUUCCAUCGGCGACUACGCUAUCAGCCGCAAGGGUUUCGGACCCAGUCAUUGUCAAGCGGAGGAGGCCGCUUUGAUGGCUGGGAUGACAGCGAAGACGACAUUCAACCCUCUGCGGUUGAUUGGGGUGAAGUUGAUGAUGGCAGUGUCUGAGGUAAUGCGCACGCCACCUCAGCGUGGAAAAAUGAGACAAUGAAUGGAGGAACUGCUCAGUCACAUUGUGCGCAGAAUCGAACAGGAGACUAUUCAGUGCAUCGCGCCGGUACCAACAGACCAAUCCUCCCGAUCUUCGGAGGAAGCCCAGACAGGGACGGUUGGAGCGAUCAAGGGAAGCUGCCCCCAUUGAGGCCCGACUACGCUCCUUCCCAGUGGAAUGCGCCUGAUGGCACGCUUUCUGGUGAUGCUCCAAGAGCUGCUGAGUGCAGUGGGUGGAGCACCACUCCACCACUUGGUCAACCGUCGUCCGCACGUGACCAUCAAGGGGAUGGCGAUACCGCGGCUGAAAUAAGAAGCGAGCGCUUGCUGGAUGCCGCUCAUAGUGACUGGAGUCCCGAACCAGAGCCGCAUGCGGGAGCACACGGAGGGCAAGGGCAUGCCUCUUAUGCUUCACAACGUAUCUACGGUCCCGAGUAUCGAAAUAGAAGUGUAGCUUGGACUCGAGAGCGAAAAGAUCACCUUCACCUCCAGCUGCCCCCACUGCUCAUAGCGGCUGGUCACCGAAAGCGGAAGGUCCGCGUCCACCACAAACCUCAUCAUCCGCCGUUGCCUCGGCGGCAACGCGACGCUCCGCCAGACAUGACUCUGACAUUUCUGCUUCGCAACGCGGUAUCAAAGACAAGCGGCACGAGGCGCCGCCGAUACGAGGGGGAUGCAGUUCCUGUGGUCUUUCUAGUGAUCAUCACGAUGGCCGCUUGAGGUGGCAGGAGCAUCGCGACCCGGGACGACGAGAAGAUGGAGCCGAGGCCGUCAGACCCUUUCGAGCUCAGUAGACCGAUUCCCAAACCAGAAGGUACUCGUGCACAGACUGUGCAGUGACACUCGGCGGCGUUUUUUAUACUCGGGGGUCCUUGGGCGAGGGUCGACAUUCUUUGUCUCAGCGCAUUCGCAGCCACCGAAGGUC